CUUCUCGCCACUCCAGCAGCGCCCAUGUCAGCCGGGCACAUAAUCAGUGUGCCAUAAAGCAGUAGAUGCUCCUUAUCGCGGUGACCCGACGGGUUCACGUUAGUUCACAGGGUUCAUCUGAGGAGAGGUCUCGGCCCCUCCUGUUCCCCCGAGACCCGGAGCGGAGCGAAACCUAAAUGUUAUUUAUUUCUGUAUCAAUAACGGAUUUCCAUUCGCAGUCACCAGAGCCGACGGAAAGGUUCUCAGGGAGUUGUUACUUCACUCCCUUUUACAAUGGGAAGUCCUGAUAGCUGAAAAUUUCACCAUUUUCUGGUUCAUCACAGCUGGCUGAUGACACCUCAACUCCAUACAAUUCCAGUAUUUGUUUCUAACUCUUCACUCAUCUGCACAAUCCUAUACUAUGGCCAGCAAGAGGAAAUCCACCGUUCCUUGUAUGAUUCCAUCAAAAAGCAAGCACAUGCGGGAGGACAUCAUACUAGGAUGCUUACCUGAGCUCCUGCCCACAAUACCCGAAGACAGCAUCCUUAGUAUCUCUUCAAAAGAUGACGAUACACAACGAUUCCAUGAUCUCUCGAAAGCCGAACCGAAGACUUCAUGCUGGGAAAGGGGAACAUAUAGCUGCCCUCUGUGCUGCUUUGAGUCCGGAGACUUGAACCUAUUUCUUCACCAUAUGGACAACUGUCACAUGGACUUUCAUGCUCAACCAAACUUCUACUGCUUGCCUUGCAAGGUUUCAGCUGUGAAGUUUGAAGGCCUCGCUUUACAUAACGCAAAAUCACAUCCUGAACUCCAUGCAACACACAAGAGAGUUUCCUUGCAGGUUACCAAACGAGAUGGGGCUACCACAGUGGAGCAAACUCUGUUUACAGAAGAGGAUUUAAUUGAAUCCGGAAUAUCCAUUACCAAGACACCCAUAAUGAAAAUGACCAAAGGGGGGCACAAAAAAAUUGUUGUCUCCCAUACUGUUGAGGUACACCGGGCUGAGCCUAGCAGUGACAGGCCCGCAACUGUAACCAAUGGCACUUCAGUAAGGACCUUACCCCUAACAACAUCACCACAUAUCAUCGGUGGCAUUAGUGCCUCUCCGGUCCAUAAAAUCCCUAACAUGCUUGGGAUACCAGGGAUGCAUAACCGUGGUCCUCUGUGGAACUCUAAUCCGUCAUCGCUUGAUUUGAACACUGAUCUCCCAAAGGUCAUGAUCCCUCUAAGUAGCAUCCCCACCUAUGAUCCAGCCAUGGAUUUAAGCAGUUUUCUUAAGACGUCUUUUGGUAAGUUCCCUUAUCCUACCAAAGCAGAGCUCUGUUACUUGACAGUGGUCUCUGGCUUCCCAGAGGAGCAGAUCAAGCUCUGGUUCACGGCCCAAAGGCUGAAGCAAGGGAUCAGCUGGUCUCCUGAGGAGAUUGAGGACACGCGUAGAAAGAUGUUCAACACUAUAUUCCAAGCCACACCGAAAACGUCACGCAACCAGAUGCAUCACCCCAUUUCCCAACACUGUGUUUCUGUCCAGGCCAACUCUUUGAGUUCUAACUAUAUACCACAGAUACCAAAGGGAAGUGUAAUGGGUUGGAAAGGAGGGGUCAUAGUCAGCCAGCCUAGUGUGACCCAGGCCACAUCCCUCAAGCAGCAGCAGCAGCCGCCAGUGGUCCAGACUCCACAGGUAAAUAUCCAUCAUGCUGUUGGACCUAAGGAAACUGGAAAUGACUUAUCUUCUCGGACAGCUGAGAACUGCAGUGUUGUAGGCAGAGGAGGUAGCGUAAGCAAUCAUGGACACACUGGAAAAAGUGAGACUGGCUUCAGCUCGUCCAUUAAGACUGGCUUGCCUGCCCUUCCCAAGAGUCAAAACAACAGUUACAGUGAGGGCAGCAUUAUGACUCUGACAAACAUAGUCAGGAAAAUUGACUGUCAUAUCAAUGACAGGAACACAAAUUGCACCAGCAAAUCCAACAUCAGUCCAACUUCCAUUUAUGGCCAACAGAAGGCAUCCAGUAAUGCUAAAGAAAACAGCAACAGCAGCUUUGCCACCACCAGCAAAUAUAACAAUGGAAGCACUUAUAAAAGCACCAGCCACAGUACUAUUUGCACUAAAAGGGAGGGAAACAUCUUAGACCACACCAGCAAAAGCAACGCGGACACUAGUGUCAUUUGUAGCAGCAGCAGCAACAUACAAGCUGAACAAUUUAUACCACCCCUUACCCACAGCCUGGCCCCACAGCCUGGAAGUCUCAUGGAUCCAUCCCUUGUAAAGAGCAAGGUAUUACCUGAGCAACCAGUGACUUUGAAGCAAAGCUUUAUCCAUAACUCAUUCCCAGAUCAAAAGCAGUUUCUUGCACCCCAAGGUCAACCAUACCACGUAUGUUCUUUGACAGACUCCCAGUCUGCUGUGGGGGGAUCAUUUAGUAACAUGCCCCAGAGCUCCCUUCAGUCUAACCCUACAGCGAGUUCAUGUCUUCAGGAGGAUACGAGUCAGCACUCCUCUCCAUCACUUUCUGCUCCUCAGGAGCAACAUUCUCCAAAAACCCUGCUGGGAGCACCUCAGGUCCAGACCACAAACUUUACUGCUGUCCACUACAAGGAACAUGACCCCAAGCACUUACCUGCCUUAGACAAAGACUCUACGCAAUCACAUUUUGAUAGAGAAAGAUUGCACAGAAACAUAGCGCAAAAAGAAAACGAGGGAAGAGUUUCUGAAAAGCACAGCGGAAUUACGAAUACAUUUUACAAGGCUGACAAAAACGAGCAUAGCAACCUAAUUAACACACUACAUACCUUCACAAAAGAUAACACUAACAAGGCUAAACAAGGUAUGCCACUUUUACGACAAUAUAUACAAGAAGUGGACCAAUGGGAAAGCAACAGUGACUAUCAUGAAGAGCCAAAUGUGAGCCCUAUGAAGAUAAACGUAAUAGCGUUGAACAAAGAAGAGAGUUUGUACAAGACCAACAGCAAGCAGCUAAUCAGCAAGCCGUUGGAGAACUUUAUCAAUGAUGGUGGUCCCAGCCAAAAGAACCAGUCUUCAGAAUGGCACGAAAGCUACCUGCAUGUACCGGUGGAGGCUGAGGAGCGUAUUUCUGAUAUAAGUAACACUGAACCACAUCAAUCAGAUAACCUUGUGGGGCUUGAAACAGAGCAAGUUAAAUGCGAUCUACGCCCGGAGCGGAAAAUAAUUUUUCAGAGUCUAGACUCUGAAACUACUAUGCUGCCGAUAAAGAAAAAAUCAAAGGAGGCUAUGAUGGAUUUAGACAAACCAACUACAGGAGAACAAGACUACUGGGAGAUAAAAGAUGAAGAGCAUCAGCAACCAAUGGGCAACCAGAGUUUGAGGGGGCAUCAAGCGCAAGACAGUCAAUCAAGGGACUGUCUGAGAGGAGAGCUUCUGAAAGUUUAAGGACUUCACUUCGUGAGGCGAAGAGGCCGAAGAUCCCGUAUUCAUCCUGAACAUUACAUUUCUUGUUUUCUUUCAAUAUGACAGCCGAUGAGAUUGUAACACAUUUGUGAUGGUCAGUGGAUUUGUUUUCUGAAGGUGGCCCAAUCCAGAGAGUAGCCGCUACAAAUGUAGGUCUGAUUUGAUUUAGGUAAAUUCUGUGUAGGAAACUAUGAUGUAUAUGCUUGAAACUGCACUAUUGAGGGUGUACUGGACGUUAGGAAUGUCAGUUAGAUAUUGUGAUACUUUGUAAUAUGUCAGAUAAUCAGCACUUCUGCAAUGCCUUGGGUUUUACGAUAGUCGUUGGGAUAUUCCAACCCGUUUUCCCUUCAUGUCCAGAUCAAAUAAGUUCUCCAUGGCUUAUUUUUUCACACAACAUUGAGCAGUUGGCGACAAAUCAUGCACUAUAACUCGCUUUAGUGGUGUCUGUCUGCACACACAACAAAUUGGCCAGACAUUGCCUUAAACAUCACCUUUCUAUUUCUAUGACUGGCUGCACAAACAAGCUUCUCAGCAACUGUGUUGAUGUGUGUAUAAAUUGGGGGUUUGAAAUCCCAACAGAACUGCUGCUAUAUCUUCGGAGGUGUUUUUUUAUAAGCAUUAACAAGACUAUUAUAUGUGAAAAGCUUAA